GGGGCUUUAUAUAUACCGGGUGGGGUCGCUCCGUUGCAUCAGUACCAACUCAACAGUCCUAAGUGCUAGGAGGUAGAGUUCCAACUAAAGUGCUAUCAAUCAUGAAGAUUUUGAUUCUCAUUUCCCUUGCCGUGGCAGCAACCUCAGCUGCUUACUUAGGUCCCCAACACAUCCCUGUCAUAGGUCCCAAUGGUGUACCGGUAGAACCACACGAAGUCCAAGCCGCUAGAGCCAAUCACUUAGCUGCCGUAGCCUCAGCUUACGGAGGUGGAGCAGUUUCGUAUUACGCACCUUAUGCCGUCGCUCCAGUACAAGCCUUAGGUCAUAAUGCCCUUCCUUUGGACACACCCGAAGUUGCCGCUGCUAAAGUACAACAUUACAGAGAUUUUGCCGCCGCUGCUCAUAGAAAUGGUGUUUACGCACCAUUGCCUGCUAUUGCUGCACCUGUCUUAGCUGGACCAUAUCCUAUUGAUACUCCCGAAGUCCAGUUAGCCAAAGCUGCUCACUUCCAGGCCCACGCUGAAGCUUCUGCACGUGCCGGUGCCCACUACCGCAGACGUCGUGACGUGUAUGGUGGUUACCACGUGCCAGUAAUCGGACCCAAUGGAGUUCCAGUAGAAACACCCGAAGUCCAAGCCGCCAGAGCUAGCCAUUUGGCUGCUUUAGCCGAAGCCAGCUCUAGAUCUGGAGCAUCACCAUACUACGAUAACUCUGGUGCUUACGACGCUGGUAGGUACUCAGAACCCUACCACAGAUACUACGGACCCCCAGCUACCAUCGGACCAGACGGCCAACCCGUUGAAACUCCCGAAGUCAAAGCCGCCAAAGCUUACCAUUUUGCUGCGCACAACGCAGUAAGAUCAGGAGCUUACCUUGCCGGACCCGGACACUACUACUAGAAGGAUUAACCUGUAGAUAAAACCGCAUAGGAAACAAAAUAUUUUUAUAAGCAUUACCUCUAUACCUUUUUCUAUUAAUUUAUUGUUUUCUGUAAUUAUUACCAACUCUAAAUCUCACUACAACCUUGAAAAAAAUGCUCAAAAAAUAUUUUGUCGUAUUAGUCUGUACCAGUAUCAUAUUUUCAUGAUUGAAUACAUAAAUCAAGUAUAGGAGUUUUUGUCUUAGUUCUAGGCCAAAGUAAGAUAGGUUUUAACUAUUUUCUGAGCCUAUUAGAGGACAACUAGCCAUAAGACCCCAUGGUAAAUUUUUCGAAUUUACAAAAUUUAGGUUUUUGUGAAUUUGAAAUUUUAUCGAAAUGGUGUUGUGAUUUCACGUUACCUUUUUCUCAUAUAUAUCGUAUCAUUUUACCUGCAUUUUUAAUGUAAAUACACUUAUGUAAUUUUUUUUUAUGGAACAUGUGCAAUAAAAGUACUCUUGAAUAUGUCA